GAGAGAUGCCGCACAGUGACGACUUUGGAACCGACGACGAUGACACAGUAUUUCUUAUCGCUGCCACCCAGGCAGAAGCAUCCCAGCCUCAUGACUUUGAGCCAUCUUCCCGGCCCCCCAAGCGCCGCCGGGUGACUCGGAAAGGCCCAUCAAAUGUCGAUGGAGCCAGCGAUGUCGAAUAUGAGUGGUCGGAGACGGACGAGGAGGCACAUAGCCCGCCGAAGGUCUCUGCUAACUUGCAAAGUACGGCCAAUGGCUUCACACAGGCCACCAGUGGAGGUAGCGAUGACAUUGAAGACAACCCAUAUUUGCCUGGGGAACUCCCUGGCGAUGUGCAGGAAGUCCCCAGGGUGAGCCGAUUCAAGAUUCACGUCCCUGAGCAAGGAGGCAGGUUCCCAGAUAUGAUCUAUACCCAAACACAACAUGGCCUUGAUGAGCGACCCGAAGCCUUCAGAGGCGCAGUAUGGAAACGACCGAAACCGCCGGUGCCUCUGGCAUUUCCAGCGAAGCGCAGUGACAUGCCGGAUGGAGCCGCUGGUAUCAAGGCGGCUGCUAUCAACAGCAUUGGCAACUACUUCCAGUCAGUGCCUGGUCGGGUCCGUGCACCUGUCGUAGAGGAUGAUGCGACUAUGGCCGCACGUUUGCAAGCAGAGGAAGAUGAAUUGGCAAGACGCCGCUACGCAAAGCAACACGUGGGCACGGGAACCCAAGCCAAUUUUGAUGCGACACAGGAUCUAGCAGAUCUACCGGAGGACGCUUUUUCUUCAUCUUCGCCUGAAAAAUCGCCGAACAGGAAUGCCGUUAUCGAGUUGUCGUCACAGCCGAAUCAAUCUCAAGCACCCCGUCCUGUGAAUUUCCGUGGACCACAAGAUGGUCUCAAGCAGAUGACGAUAUUCGGUCAGCCUGCGACACAAGAUCUCACUGCAUCUCAAGCAGCACAGAAAAGGCAUGCCUGGCCCCUGGCGAAUCGCGAUGAAAACCCGACUCACCACAAGCUCGACGAGCAAGCAAUGGCAACCUGGGUAUACCCUACGAACAUCGGUAGCAUACGUGACUACCAAUUCAACAUUGUGUCGCGAAGUCUUUUCCACAACACUCUAGUCGCCUUACCGACAGGGCUAGGGAAAACUUUCAUCGCAGCAACAGUCAUGCUGAACUACUAUCGUUGGACGAAAGAUGCGCAAAUUGUCUUUAUGGCGCCGACGAAGCCCCUCAUCGCCCAGCAGAUGGACGCGUGUUAUGGCAUCGUUGGCAUACCCAAGGGAGACACAGUACUAAUGACUGGCGAGACAACUCCAGCAGCUCGAGCUGAUCAAUGGCUUGAGAAACGGGUGUUCUUCAUGACGCCACAAACAGUCAUCAACGAUCUGAAGACUGGUAUAUGCGACCCAAAGAAGUUCGUGCUACUCGUGGUGGAUGAGGCGCACAAAGCGACUGGCGCAUAUGCUUACACUGAAGUCGUACAAUUUCUGCGUCGAUUCAACAGCAGCUUCCGCGUGCUGGCUCUCACUGCCACCCCUGGCUCCACAACUGAGGCCGUUCAAGCUGUCAUCGACAACCUUGGCAUUGCGCGUGUUGAGCUUCGCACUGAGAGCUCCCUCGACAUUAGGCAGUACACUCAUGAGAAGCACACCGAUACUCAAGUCUUCGACUUUAGCCCUGAGCAGGAGCUGAUCAUGGACUUGUUUGCUAAGACUUUGAGACCACUGCUUGACAAGAUUCGUGGACAGAAUGCAUACUGGUCUAACGAUCCACUCGCACUGACUGCCUACGGUCUUACACAAGCUCGGACAAAAUGGACACAGUCUGAUGCUGGCCGGAAAGCACCCAUGCCGGUCAAAGGCAUGAUGAACGCCGCGUUCAACGUGUUGUCCAGCCUGGCCCAUAGUAUUGGGCUACUCAAACACCAUGGCAUCGGGCCCUUCUAUUCAUGUGUGCUCAACUUUCAGCGAGAGGUGGAGAGUGGUGCCCAGAAGGGCAAGACUGCUGCGAACAUCGCACAAGAUCAGAAUUUUGUGAAAAUGAUGGGCACUAUUCGGACCUGGACUAACAAUCCAGAUUUCAUCGGCCAUCCGAAGCUCGAGUACCUGCGCGAAAUUGUGCUCAACCACUUCCUGGACGCUGGCGAAGGGAGGCAAGGCAGUGAUGUGCCACCGAGCGCAACUCGCAUCAUGAUUUUCGCUAGCUACAGAGACAGCACAGAAGAGAUCUGCCGGGUCUUGAAGCGUAACGAGCCCACGAUCCGGCCUCAUGUGUUUGUUGGCCAAGCUGCGUCGAAAGGGCAGGAGGGAAUGAACCAGAAGCAGCAGAACCAGAUCAUCCAGGACUUCAAGGCCGGAAAGUACAACACACUAAUCGCCACGUCGAUUGGCGAGGAAGGUCUUGACAUUGGUACUGUGGACAUGAUCGUCUGCUACGAUGCAUCUUCAUCUCCUAUCCGCAUGCUUCAAAGAAUCGGGCGCACGGGGCGAAAGCGGACCGGCAAGGUUGAACUCUUGCUGACGAAGGGCAAAGAGGAGAGAGACUAUGAGAAAGCUCAGGACAACUAUGCAUACAUCCAGAAGACGAUCGCAGAUGCAACGAAAUACUCCUACCGAGACGACCAGAGCCCUCGCAUCCUACCGAGAGAAUUCAAGCCAGUGCCCGACAAGAGACCGGUCGAGAUCCCGGUUGAGAAUACACAGCCUGUGGACCUCAACGAGAAGCAUCGCAAGGGACGAGGCAAAACUAAACGACCUCCGAAGAAGUUCCACAUGCCAGACAAUGUUCGAACGGGGUUUGUCAAGGCAUCGAAGCUGGAUUCGGACAGCGAAGGUGAUAAUGAUGACAGUACUCGUGUCGUGGCAAAGAAAAAGCCGGCAGCGUCAAGGAAGAAGCACACGACUCCCGUCUUCCAGAAGGUAUCAAUGCCAAUCACACGUGCCAUCACCCCUGAGCCAGAGAUCGCUCUUCUGCCGCCGUUGGAGGAGGUGUUGCUCACGCGCGAGCAACAACAAGAGCUGGAAGAGAAGUACGCCCGCACUGCGGACGCGGAUUUGGACGGGGUUAUGGCUGGCCCUGAUCUUGAACGCUUUCCCGAGAAGUUGCGGAACCUUGGAUCCACCAAGUAUAUCAGUCAUGGUCGAGCUGCUCUGCUAGCCGAGAAGACAAUGAAAGCGGUGCACGAGAUCACCACUGCGAAGUGUCUUCAGCUCAACGAAGCUCUGCAUCUGAGUGACCUAGAAGACGCUGGCCUAGCCAAGUAUCGACUUGUCAGUCCACAAAUAAGAAAUAGAGGUCCAAAACCACAGUCUGCAUCUGGAAUCGUUCCUGCUGCUGUCACGAAACAUCCUGCCGUGCGGCCGAAGGAAACCACCGAUCUGCAGCCGACAACGAUACCAUCCGACAGCGAGACCGAGGGGCGAGCUGGGAGGGCUCCCACCAAAAAGUCACGGGCACGAGUUCGCCGCAUCAAAGUCGGCGGCAUACCAGAGGAAGCCCAGCCCGAUUCAGAACCCGAGCUACCACUUCCAGUGCGACCGCAGCCUGCCCCCAAGCCUCGAGGAAGACCGAGGAAGAAACGGGCCCUGCAACGCGAACCAUCCUACGGUGAUGCGGCCGCCGAAGGAGAAGAAUCGAGUCCUGAGCGCACGCCAGCUGCGAUGCGUAUCCCUACGCAGGUCGCGUUGGGUGAGGAACUUGGCUCCCGCGACACAAGCGGCGAGGAGGAGGAGGAGGAGCAACCUGACAGUGAAGAUCUUGCUUUCAUGGCACCCAGUGAUGAGGUUAGCAUGAUGAGCUCCUCCCAACCUAUCACGCCUGCUCCAAAGCGUGGUAGGCUGAAGCAGGGAGUGCGAAGUCGACUCAGCGAUGUGGAUGAGAUCGUUGAGAGCGAGGAAGAGAUGGAGCUUGAUUUGGAAGCGGAUCUCGAAGAGGAUGACGUGGUGGAAAUCGAUGUCAGACCCUUCGCGAAAGGGAGGAAGAGACGAGUGGUUACAGAAAGCGACGAUGAUGACUGAUGUAUUGCCUAGGCAUGCAUCGUGUCUCGCGCAAGUCCCACUUCCCACCUCUUCGACGUUUCCUGUCACCUAAUGCAUAAGUGCAGACAGUUGGGAUCGUAGCUCGCUUAGUAACCUGUCAACGCAGACAUAUAGCCGGGAAGACUAGUACAGAGAAUUAUCACGUUUGCUGGCCACGAGUCUUAUUCGCUCAUCAAGAAGACACACUACGUUUCGUC